AUGGUAUACAUAGUAUAUGAUGCGGGCGUUUGGGUAAGCUGUUUAUUUUGCUCCUAUGACUCAAAAGUUACGACCAUGUCUACUGUUGAUUUCUUAGCAUAUUCUGUUUUUCAGGACACAAAAACCAAUGGGACUGUGCAGAUCAUAAAUGCGACGUUUAACUCAUUUGAUAAGCACUUGCUUACAGUCCCCUAUCGUAAGUCUGUAUUUUUAAGCAAUUCACUCUCUAUGACACUUGACGAAUGAUAAAUCGGUUGGUGCCAUCAAAAUUUACCAUAUGUUUGACAGUUGAUUUCGUUGUAUAUUAGCCAACUUUCAUCCAAUAUAACAAGCAAAAUAUAUUACUGUUGACAUAAUCUAAGUCAAGGAAAUAGCGCAUGCAAAUUUUCAUAUUUUAUUAUAACUAACAGUUGAGGAUAAAUGUAAUGAAUAUUUGCUGAGGAGGAGCUAUGGCUGUUCUCAUAAUGUCUGCUGUUCACUAUGGGGUAGUCGUCAACAUAUUACGGCCUUGCGCCGGGUUGUCUUAUCAUAACGUUUUGUGUCGCGUGAGGUACAUGUCCGAAUAGAAGGAUUUCGAUGACAAACUGAAAAUGUUACUUUGGCCUCCGGAGCGAAUUGGAAAAAUUUCCCUCAUAUUGUUGAAUGCAAAUAAAGAGCAAUAAGAUGCAUUAGUGCAUAUAUUUAAUUUGCACAUUUAUCCCAAUGGUAAUUUCUUUGGUACGUAAACUGCAUGACUUUUUAUAAAAGAAGAAUUUUCUUUAUUUCAAAUUAUCGAAAGUCCACAGGCUUUUCAAAGGAAAGGACGCGGUUAUGCUGACUGGUCACAUAAGAAAUGCGGCUCUUUACUACAAAAUCAAAGUCAAGAACGGUAUGGAGAUCUUGUCUGUAAUUCCAAACGCUGCAUUUGUAUCACCUAGAGUAAUCCACGUUUCAUUCAACAACACGGAGGACAGUGCUUGGUUAACGCAGGCACUGCGCAUCCCUGGAUGUUAA